AUGCUUAGUCUAACUUACUUAACCGUUCAAGGAGACAGACUUGCAGUUUUUCGCUCCCUAAAUGAGCAAGACCAUUACUUAAAGUGGACCCCUGCACACUGGGCUGCCUUCUUUGGAAAGGUUAGUUUAGUUGUCGGUUUAGUUUGUGAAGAAAAUACAAUUUCUAAAACAGGAAAACAAACAGCUUGUAGGUCAGCUGUAAGCUAGCGAUAAGACUUUUAAACAGUCCUUCUUUCAUUUUCUUUACAGAGCUCUUGCAGUUAUUAUAGCAGUAUUUGGCAUGUACUUCAUACUCGACUUUGUUUUUAUAGGGUCUUACAGAUUUUUUUUGCAACAGACAGUCCAAAGAUUCCUCUCGUGACUGCCAAAUUCUUUGAUGCUUAACAGCUGAUCACGAACAAGAGAAAACUAAAACUUAGUAUCAAACUUUUUCAACUUCCAGAAGUAAAGAACUCCUUCUGUCAUGAAAAAGAACGGAGAAACCAAGAUACGUGGAAUUUAUAUGUGUACGUUAGCGAGGGAAGCUUGAAGAAUUGUUUUUCGUGACUUGACCCCGUUGUUGUCGUGAUCAUUUGUCUCGGAACCACAAUUUUAUUUCGAGAUCGAUGUUCUUACACAAAAGUUAUUAGGUGAAAUUAUUGAAAACUACAUUUUCAAAUUCUGAAUCUGAUACAUAAUAACUCAUGAAAGAAAGACCACUUGAAAUCUAGUCCACGUUGUUGAGAAAUUUUUCCAUUGCCAAACAGUUAAUCAGUUUGUUUUGAUGAUGUGUUUAGGUUACGGCUAACGUUUUAGACCCGACGCUAGACUUGGGUAUAGUGGGAUUUCCGCACAGUCCCUUGCACUUUUUGUUAUGCAUGCAACUUUCUCCAACACUUUCCACACAAAUAGUUUGUUAUUGUAAACAGGGCGAAACGGUCCUUAGUUAUUCAAAUAUAUGUAUGGUGCUGUGCGGAAAUCUUGAAUAUUUUCUUGGUACCUCAAACUAUGAUUCGUUUAGAAUAGUGAAUCACAGUUUGUUUGUGCUUUGAUUAUACUUUGUAACCAAACUUGCUCAAAAGCAGGGAGGUAAUAGACUUAAAUCUUUACAUCCCUUGUGAUUGCUACCAUGUUGUUCACCCAUUUUUACUGAGUCAUUGUUUUUUGGUUUCCUUAAUUGAAGUUAUAUUGGUGGCUGUAAUGGUGAACCCUUCUAGGUAAUUAAGUAGUGUUUUCUCUCUUAACCUGAGCUGCCUGUAACCACCUCUGCGGAUCCAUGUCCCUUUUACAGCUUGUGACGUCAUCAGUGUUAAUGGUCAAGGACAACUUUGUCUGCUAACUUGUGCAGAGUGAAGAGAUCUUUCAAACCAUACUAGAAUGAUCACAAUUCGGUAAAGGACACCGGAGAAAAAGGCAAAAAAACAUGUAACAUUGCCCUAAAAGUUUCCAUGAAAAUCUUGGUUCACAACCCUACCUUUCCUUUUGUCUAAUCUUAAGAUCGUAAAAGCAUUUCUAAGAACUUUUCCCACCAAAAUGAAGCCUACUAAGACUACUUUGCCACUUUUAAACUAAAAAACUAUCUCAAAAUUUUGCUUUCUGCACAUGCCCGAACUAAUAUUUUGGAUCUGGAUCAGAAGGGCAUGAAGUGUAUGACCGGCUUUGUGGUAAGUUUUAGCUAUAUAUAGCUUGACAGUGACCAGAAAACUGCUCAACUAUCUUCAAAAUGCGUUUUUCGUCAAAAUUUCUAGGAGCAAAUUGGGUAAGGAAACCACUUUUUUCAUGUACAUAAGAAUAUUUAGGUCACAUACAAAAAAAAAUUGUUUUAAUCAGCCUGCAAGUUGAUGAUGUCAAGUCUCCUCUGCAAAGAUCAAAUAGAGGACAUUUUGAGAGCUAGGCAUUCAUAAGGGUAAAUCAAAGGGCUUGCUCUUGAAACAGUGGCUUUUUGACAUUUUUAUGUUGGUGCGUAACUCAUUUAAUAAAACCGCAGUUUCACCCGAAACUAACCUCGUCCCUCAAUUUUUUAAUUUUUUAGGUUGAUUGUUUGAAGCGCCUUGUUGAGUGUGGUUUAAACAUUGAUGUAUGUGAAGGAAGAUUUGAACAGACACCAGCACACCUUGCAGCUUUUGCUGGUCAUGCUAAUGUCCUUCACUGGUUACUUCAAAAUGGUGCAGUUGCAGAAAAA